GCCCAAUGCAGGCAGCACCACACACCAACACCAUCUGUCACCAUUCACAUUUGGAGUCAGCUGCCUGGAUUGGACUGCUGGGUACUGACGGGUACUGGCUAUUACAGGCGGGUACUGGUGGGGGGUUGGGACACCUCCCGCUGCCUGUGUCUGUACAGAGCGUACGGGGUCUGUCUGUCUCUCCAGCCGAAGCGCAGGUGGAGGGUUCGGGUGCAGAGGAGGCAGAGGCAGAGAGAAACACGCUGAUGCGGCGGCACAUGGCUGCCAGGACCGCCUGCAUGCUCGGACUGCGGGAGACAGGAGAGGCUGGAGGCUGGAGGCUGCCGCAACCCCCGACACGGAUCAGCCUGACAAACAAGCCCUGAAGACUCCGGGGACCAUAUAGACUUCAGCCUGCUGAUCACAUUGCUCUCGAAGGCCAGAUAAGCCACCGGAACAAAGGAGGUGCUGACCGUCCAGCAGUUUGUAGGAGCAUGAAAUGACUUCAUGUUAGAAAUGGCCGGGGCCUAUGUGGGAAGCUUAGCCUACUCAAGUGUGCCUGAGGAAUUUUAUCCCUGCCGAGCCACCGUAGCGAUGGGAGAUAACGUGUCCAAGCGGCUGAAGCUGAUCUCGGCUACAGAGGCAGAGAUGGAGGAGCGCUCUUUUCCAAACCCGUACCCCGACUGGGACCAAGGAGUCCUCACCUCCAGCUCCGGAGCAGACGUAGAUUACAAUGAGCCGUUUGAUGCAGAAGGAAAGGUGAGUGCAGCAUUCCAGAGGAAGGUCCAGAGUAAGAUCAAAGAUCUCCUCCAACAGAUGGAGGAGGGCCUGAAGACGGCCGACCCCCAUGACUUCUCCACUUACACCGGCUGGACAGGCAUUGCCUUGCUGUACCUCCAGCUGCACCGGGUGUCCCAUGACGCCUCCCACCUGCAGAGGGCACUGGACUAUGUGAAGAGGACCAUGAGGAUCCUGAAUGGCCGCAAAGUGACAUUCCUGUGUGGUGACGCAGGGCCGUUGGCAGUGGGUGCCGUGGUCCACCACAAACUGAACAACACUGCUGACAGCCAAGACUGUGUGUCCAGGCUCCUCCAGCUGCAGCGGUCAGUGCUGAGUCCUGACUCUGAGAUGCCAAACGAGCUGCUGUAUGGCCGGGCCGGCUACCUUUAUGCUCUGCUCUAUAUUAACAAAGAGAUAGGAACUGACACGGUGGAUGAGUGCACCAUUACAAAGGUGGUGACGGCCAUUGUGGAAUCAGGGAAGAACAUGUCAGCAGAGCAGAAGAAGACGGAUCGCUGCCCUUUGCUCUAUGAAUGGCACAAGAAGCAGUACAUCGGUGCUGCCCACGGCCUGGCUGGCAUCUAUUACAUGCUCAUGCAGCCAGGAGCAAAGGUCCAUCCAGACAUUCUGUCAGAGUUGGUCCGUCCCAGCAUCGACUAUGUCCGCCACAAGAGGUUUCGUUCAGGGAACUUCCCAUCAUCACUGAGUAACGAGAGUGACCGCCUGGUUCACUGGUGCCAUGGAGCCCCUGGUGUCAUUCAUAUGCUCAUCAUGGCUCAUAAGGUGUUUAAAGAGGAGAAGUACUUGAAGGAGGCUGCAGAAUGUGCUGAGGUGAUCUGGCAGCGAGGCCUGCUCAGAAAAGGCUACGGUAUCUGCCAUGGCACCGCUGGCAACGGCUAUGCCUUCCUGUCCCUUUACAAGCUGACCCAGGAGAAGAAAUACCUUUACCACGCCUGCAAGUUUGCUGAGUGGUGUUUGGACUAUGGGACCCAUGGCUGUCGCAUCCCAGACAGACCAUACUCUCUUUUUGAAGGUAUGGCAGGGGCCAUCCACUACCUAUCAGAGAUGGCAAACCCCGAAGCUUCCUGUUUCCCUGCCUUUGAACUCUGACCUGCCAACUGAUGGGACUGAGGAUAAUGAAGGGGGAUGGGGACAACGCUGAAUAAGGAUGUAUUUGUGAUACGGCUUUCAACCUUUGUUAUGAGCAAAUAGUGACUGAAUUAAACUGAAAAUUAAGAUCAGGCUGGAAAUGAGCAGUGAGUGAUUACAGGGAAGAUUAUUUGUGGGCAAAAGUACAGGUUGAAUGUUGUUGAUCCAGUGAAAAUAACUAAGACUAUGUUAAUGGAUAUAUUUCUCUUCUUGAAGAUGGACAGUUGCAUCUUGUGGGGCCUAUCCUAGGAACAUUGUCAAAACGUGUGGGUCCUUUAGCUCUGAGGUCCCCUGUCAUCCUCCUCACCCAUUACAAUUUAUUGGCAGCUGGCAUGGACACAGAAGAACACACUCUAAGCCUCCAGCCUUUAAUAUCAUAGCUCCCAGGCAAAGAAAGAGAGAGUGUGUGUGUCUGUGGAUGUGUGUGUGUGUGUGUGUGUGUGUGUGUGUGAAGUGAACUAAAGCUGUUUUGGUAUUUCUAUGCCUCUGCAUGCUCACUGUAAUUGGAUCUUGGUGUCUCAUAUCCUGUCAAUGUAGUGUUUUCCUCUUCCUGUAUUUGUAGGUGUGCUGUUUCAGUUCUCCUGGGAUUUGCCACAUAGUGGGGAAAAGUUUCUGUGUCAUCUUUUGUUUCAUUAAGAAAUCAAAACUAGCUUAGUGCUAGUUUUAAGAUCAUCAGACUUUUGUGAAGCUAAUCAAUAUGUCAGCUGGUAAGUCUCUUUACUUUUUGUGUAACGGAAUAUUAAAUAUAACGAUAUUACAGUUAUUGUGAAUAUUUUUCCAUUUUUCAAGAGGAUAAAACCAUUUUUGGACAUCAUAGCCUCUGGGUGGGCGUUUUCCAUGCCAGUGGUUGAUUUACAUCGGAGAGCAAGUGUUGCUAGGAGACUAUCAACUUCCGUGGCGCGCUACUGACCGGAGAAUGUCAUAUUGUAUAGCCUACAAACAUUGAUUCAAAGCCUUUGUUUGCCCUUUCUCUAACAAGUCUACAUAGCAUUAGCUACUGUAUCAGUCAUUAGUUAUUUAAGCCUUAUCUCCCAUUUAUUACAACAUUGACUGACCACUCAGAAAGUGGAAGCUAGUUAGCCUUGCUUGCUAACGUUAGUGCUGAUUCUCACAAGACAUUACUUUUUGUUCAUGUUAUUUCAGCAUCUGCUGAGUCACCUGCAGCUCCUUCACACUGAGGGGCGAAUUCACAAAAGGAUUGCGUGGCUUUUGCGGCCCAUAAACCUGCAGAAAUAUGACAAAAAGAAAUCGUGUUAUUCUCCAAGCACCCGCAAAGGGUGAACUGCACCCCUAACUGCGCUGCCAAAAUGCAUACAUUUGGCACAAAAUUGGCCCCUUUCUAUGCAAAUGAGCCUCACUGAAAAACAAGGUCUAAUAGCCACACGCAGUUAGAGUGAAAUUAUUAGCGUCUUCAGAGAGUUGGUGGUAACUGACGCACAUUUAUAAGGGGCGUCACACCCGGACUUUCCAGUGAUCAUAGCAGCAGUGAUUGUAGCCAGGCGAAGCAACAGUGCAUCACAGUACAUCUUAUGCGCAGAGGUGGCACAGAGACAGUACAAUACCUGAUAUUCACCAUGAGGGAAUGAAACUUAACGUUAUUGGAUAAUUAGAAUAAGUUCUCUUUCAAAUCAAACAUCUCUUUCCACAUGAGUAGAAAGUAGGCCUAUUGUUCUUGCAACUGCAUUUGUAAAAUUUACAAAUUGGCCCCACCACCUAGCCCCCACAGCCUCGUUCAACUUUUCACUGUGUGUCUGACUGGUAUAGCCUCGGUUAGCAGGACUGCUGAUUUCAAAUGCCAGUCUUACAUCCCAGUUACAUAUAGUGGCAUGUAACUGUGAUGUAACUCUCUGCAGUUAACACAGUCCAACAGUCAGUCGUUAUAGCCACCUUGUCGGCUGAAAGUAACUGCAUCUUAAGCUUGUCUUUCUUUUCGUUGUACCACUUCUCAACACGGCUAGUAAUUGUACCUCUUGAAUGGACGCAAUAGCUUGGUUCAAUGUAGUUCAGUAGCUCACGUAAUCCCUCACCGUCCACCACGUUUAUAGUCAUCAUGUCCUUUUCCACCAUAAAGCAAAGCCUCUGAGUUAUUGCCUCUGUACACACAUCACUACAGCCUCUCCUAGCUAACACCUACAUGAUAGUUUGUUGGGGGGACGGUGUUCCACUUUCGACUUGAGCUGCAACCGUCGGCUGCUGACUUUUCAGUGAUACAACAUUGACAUUGUACUGGAUCUGUAUUUUAGGACAGUGUUGCAAUAUUUACCUUGAGCAUUGUCCUCUUUGACAGUGCAAUGCUCCCACUCUGGACUACGUUUUGCCCUCUUCAUCUUGCCUUACUAUUUCCCACUGACCACUUCUUCCUUUGUUGCACCAGUAGUCUGAACUGUAAGUACCCCCUCUUGAGGUAUACAAAUUAAUAUAUGUGAGCUACGUACAUUGUAGUUAAAUUAAACCAAAUGGGUCAUUUUGAGUUGUCUUCUAUCAGCACCAGAGUUAAUGUGUGCAUUAUCAGCUAAAACAGAACAUCGCCAACUCAAGGGUGUUGCUAUCAUUUAGGUUCAGGUGUCAUCUAGGUUCAGUAUCCUAAAAGAGCCAGGCCUCAAACUGGCAUGUUUUGUAAAUGUCCAGUUGAAUGCUAGCAGUCCAACCAUGCGCUGAGUAUGCAAAUGCAUAAAUAUACUCUUUUAAAAUAACAAAUUCAAGAUAGCAUAGCAAUUGCUAAAAAGGCUUGCUAGUAGGAUCGGUUGCAGAAAUCACAUUAACUAAAGAAAGACUAAGGAAGAGCUCAGUGGUUCUCAACUGAUCAAGUCUCAUCAUCCAGAUUUGUUCUUAUCAUUAAAGUUAACAAUUUAGGAGGUGUGUCCACAUUGCUUUGUGGAAAGUCCUUCAAUACAAAAUUAAAGCUGACAAGUGAUUAAUUACUUUCAGCAUCAUUCUGUUUUCAGCAGACUAAAUCAGACUAUUCACAUUUGGCAGUUGACAUGGUUUCGCCCAGUCAGAGCUCCAUAUGUCACUGUUGUCACUGCAAAGCUAGAAUCCAACCCUGAGCUUGGUGGUAGCCAUCUUGGUCUGUGUGGUACCAACAGGGAGCUGAAACGAUACCUGGUGGUAAAAGUGUACAGUAUAUCCAAUAAUCCCGACAGCACAUGAAUGCACGUAACUGCCUCAUUCUCUUGAGGAGAUCUCAUAAAUGUCGUUGCAUGAGGAUAGUGUUCAUCUGUCAGUGUUUCCAGGUUUACUGCUCCCAAUGUGUUUGGUGAUUUGUAUCCUGAUCCCAGCGGUGAGGAGCCUCUGACCUUUGUCCUUGUCGAUACACUUGAUUUGCUCUCAGCCUAAUUGUUGUGAAGAUAUGAAUGUUUGUGUGUUUAUUUUUCCUCUUUAAACUCAUGGGCUUCAGUGGCAAGUAAGAUGUCUUCAUUGUUCCUCUCAACUGCUUUUUGACUAUUCAGUGCUUAUGAAGGUUGAGUGGCAGAAUUCAUGCAAGGCUUAAUAUUGUUGGAAAUAAAGAAUGAAUAGAGCUCCUA